AUGUCCGCGAUGGAAACCGACGAGCUGCCUGUGGUGCUGCCAUCCAGCACCACCUCUGGUCUGUCUUUGGCCCUCCACCCUCUUCCUAUCCUCAACAUCUCUGAGCAUCUCACUCGGAUGAGGUUGCAAACGAGAUCAAGUCUGCCAUUUGUGCUGGGGGCACUCCUAGGAACCCAGAAUGGACGAGAGGUUGAGAUUGUGAACAGCUUCGAGCUUGCUGUUGAGAACGACGGUGAAAGUGUAAACCAGGCGUUCUUGGUGACCCGAAAGGAACUCUACAAGCAAGUAUUCCCUUCUCUCGAGUUCAUUGGGUGGUACACUGUGGCGGAGCGGCCCACAGCGAAACACAUAGCUCUGCAUGACCAGUUCAUCGUAUAUUCAUCCACGCCGCUACUCUUGGUUAUGCAACCCUCCACCCUCUUCACAUCAGGUACUGAGAUUGGGGGCCAAUCUCUCCCUCUCAAAGCGUACGAGCCUACUAUCGAGAUUCGCGAUCGCAAAUCGCGUUCGGUGUUCAUUGAAGCAUCGUUCUCCGUGGAAACCGGCGAAGCCGAGCGUAUCGCAGUCGACUGGACGGCGAAAGGUGGAGAAGGCGGCACGAGUCUCGAAGGUCAUCUUCAAACCCAACGCGCAGCAGUCAAGAUGCUUCACGACCGCAUCUUGCUCCUUGUCAAGUAUGUGUCGGAAGCCAUCGCAGGGUCCGCGAAGAAGGAUCAUGCAACGCUGCGUGCUCUCUCUGCACUCAUCGCGUCCUUACCUGCAAGCGAGAACCGUGGUUUCAGAGAGGAGUUUGACACAGAGUAUGAGGACGUGCAGCUUACGGCGUACCUCGCGUCACUUACGAAAUCGUCCAACAUCCUCAAUGAACUUGUCGACAGACACCUCAUUUUGACCAGCCCACGGGAGGAACGUGGCGGCGGCGGCGGCAGCGGUCCGAGACGACGAGGCUUGAUGGGGCGACAAGGAGACUUCGACCGUUUCCACAUGUAG